GUCAAGCCAGCAUGUCAUCAUCUUCUUCUGUCACUUUGCGAAAGUUUGGUGUUUGGUGCGAGUGUGCGGUUACGCCCGGGGCCACAUUUGCAGCAAACUGGUGUUUUUGGCGUUCGUAUUUUCUGCGGUAGUACUCCCGUCCGUGAAAGGUAGUUCCGUCGGUAGAAGUGCAGUGUUAUCAGUGUGAAAUUUGAGCACGGUGUUGUGAUUGAAUCGUUAAGCGUGGUAUAAUUUCGAAGUGAUACCAGAAGAAAUAAAAUCCAUCUGAGAGCUCACGAAACAGUUGAGCAACUGCAGUGCUACCAAAACAGCGUAUAUCAGCAGCUCAACCAAUCGCUACGCAUUUCGAGAAUUUCAGCAAUCGCCAGCGUCACAACAACUCUAGCAGCAAAGAUGAACGUCGAGAUCACGCCAAACUAUUCGUACAUUUUCGAUUUUGAAAAUGAGUUCAUUCAUCAGGAUACACGUGUCUGGAUGGUCAAGAACUGGACGUACGUGUUCUACUACUGUGGCAUCUACAUGGCGGUGAUCUUCGGAGGGCAGCAUUUUAUGCAAAAUAGACCAAGAUUUGAGCUACGUGGAUUAUUAGCGAUAUGGAAUUCAUUGCUAGCAAUGUUCAGCAUAAUGGGCGCCUGUCGGACAGCGCCAGAACUGGUACACGUGCUGAGGCAUUACGGUCUCUUUCAUUCCGUGUGUGUUCCAAGCUUCAUCGAGCAUGAUCGUGUAAGCGGUUUCUGGACGUGGCUGUUCGUGCUAUCCAAGCUGCCGGAACUGGGCGAUACUGUGUUCAUCGUGCUCAGGAAGCAGCCGUUGAUCUUCCUGCACUGGUAUCACCACAUCACGGUGCUGAUGUACUCUUGGUUUUCGUACACCGAGUACACUGCUUCGGCUCGUUGGUUCAUCGUGAUGAACUACUGCGUGCACUCUGUCAUGUACUCGUACUACGCGCUGCGCGCCUUGAACUUCAAGCCUCCGCGAGCUAUUGCCAUGGUGAUCACCACCCUUCAGUUAACGCAGAUGGUCGUUGGCUGUGCUAUCAACAUAUGGGCCCACGGGUUCCUGCAAACCGCAGGAAAGGGCAGUUGCAACAUCUCCGAAAUGAACAUUAAACUGUCGAUUGCCAUGUACUUCAGCUACUUUGUUCUGUUCGCUCGCUUCUUCUACAAGACCUACCUCUCGACGAAUGCUCGCAAAGGUAAACGCUUAGUCCAGUCGGCUUCCAGCAAUGGAAGCAACACUGCCGAGUAUAGCAUCAGCAGUAAACAAGCCUCAAUUGGUGGCUCCAUCAAUGCCAACUUAUUGACGGCAGCACAACAAACCGAUAAGGUUAAAGCACAGUAAGAUAGGAGCAAAGCACAUCCCCCGUGGUACACACAACAUUGCAAAGACAAAGAAAUCAAAUUUCAUUCAGGAUCAUCUCCUAUAUCUACAUACAUGUAUGUAGCUCUCCUCAUAUGUUACCUUCCCUACCAAUUGCUUGGACAAGGAUAACGUCGCCUAAUAAGUCAUCCAGUACCGCAUGAAUAUUUCCGUUUUCCACAGCUGUUAUUCAAACGUAGACUUUAGCACAUAGGUCUUUCAGCUGCAGUUUUACAUAGGCGGAGCCAAUCAGUAGAACGCAGUAGGAAAUCAAUGAAACGUAGCUCAAAGAGGGAUCCUGCCGUUAUAGCCUAGAUCGAGGCGCGUUUCAACUGCUCCCUGAUUUCGUGACAAAAGGGCCGCCAUACCGAAGGCUUUCUAUUUGUUACGUUAGCUUCUCGUUAACUGAAGACGCAUACCGAGUACUACAACAAACUAUAGCGUUAAAAAAAAGCAUUCAGGUGAAAUAUUUUAAGUCAGAUUUUUUAGCAUUAGAUGAGCUGCAAAUAAGAGGAGGGGAAGGAUAAAAGGGAAACAGUCAUUUGAGCCAACAGCGGAAAGUCAAAUGAGAAAAAAAAUAUGACAAGUAUGGUAGACUUGGGAUAGGACAGUAGUACCAUACGGUACAAGACUAGAAAAAAAAGGACUGACAGGAGGCUGGCUUCUUAUUUAUUUCCCUAAAUUCGAAAAGGGAAUUCUGUGUACGUUUUUCUUUCCGUUAGUUUUUUUUUCUCGUUUUCUUAUUGUUUCAUAUUCAAUUCUUUAAACAUAUUUUGUUAGUAAAAUAUCGUCUUUCCUGAAUAGGGGAAAGCGUUUUCAUAGAAAACAUAAAAUAUUUGGUAAUAAUCUGUUGUUUCGUAAGUGUAGUUUUAGAAACUUUUCAAUGUUGGUUACUGUUAUUAAAAAGUAUUGAAUGAAGAAACACGAAUAAAUGUGCUGACUAAUGCUAGUAACAUGGAACAUACAAACUGUUGUCCCAUUGCGGUCUACGGUCUGGUUACAUAUUUUUCAAAGAUGAUUUUUGCAUUUUCUAAUUGUCAAGGUUAGACAAAUAUUGAUUUAUUUUCUUUACUUAUUUUAUUUCCUACUCAAAUUUAAGAAUUUUAGAACUAUGCAUGUCGUACUCGAAUUAAAAAAAAAAUGUUACUUCCAAUUUCAUAACGAAAAUAAGGAAAUAAAUUAAUACCUUUUUUGAGCCAAAUCUGCGAAUCAGACAUUUGAACAUCAGAUACCUAAUAAUAAUGGUUGAAUCACAAAAUAAGAAAAAACAACAGCUGGUUAUUUUUUGAAUGACUUUGAUUUUCUGUGAUUGAUUCAGUACCAAAUAACUUUAUCCGAAGUUCAAAAGUAUGAAUAUUCUGCCUACAAAUUAUACUAUUUGUAUUUAUUUUAUUUUACUCCCAGCUCAUAAAAAACUCUACUCCGCUUAUUUAUAGUCGUAACAAGAAAUAAGCAUCAGAUAAUCGCCUAGUCUUUGAUAUUUUUGCAAAUUCGGCCGCCACGUGGUGGAUUCUGGCGAUGAAUACUUUGAUAGCACGUGCUAUUUGCACUGCGGAUAUAUUUUACACACCAGAGCCUUGGAAAAUUAUCACGAAAGUAGUCAUUUUGUUGCAAGGCACAAUACAUAUUUGCUAAUUUUUUAUAGAUUGUUACAAUGUCAUAAAAUAAACGCAAAAAGUUGAGUGUUCCAUAACAGUGGGGAGGGUAUCAUUCAUAUAGAUCAAAUCAAAAUUAUUUUAAAUUGAAAGUAACGUUUUUUUUAGAAUAAUACUUACGUUUUAGCUCAUCAGAUCAGAAUUGCGAAUCAUCCAAUAGCAACUUGAAUGACAACGCUUUACCCCUAGGGCUGUAACUUCAAUUGAUCAGUAAAAAUAAUGAAAAGCUUUUAAAACACUUACGAAACAUACAUUCCACUCGUACUCUGGGCAUAGCCCAAUAAGAUUUUUUCUGCUCUUGACUUGUUUGAGUUGAUAUUUCCAUCACGCAUACAUUUAACAUCUAUUGAGCCCAAAAUAAUCGAGUGUAUAGAUACCGCGACAUAAUGAGAAAAACUGCUCAAAGCCGUCGUUUUAUUAUUAUUUCUUAUUUGUUAUUUCUUUUCUAUAUCUAAAGUGUAGUGUAAAUAAGUUAUUUUUUUCCCAGCAUGAGCCCCGAACAGUAAGUUAUAAAUUUGAAAGGUAGCUAUUUCUACGGCUUUGGUCCAACAACCAACACUGACUUUAUAAUGAGAACAAAACGCAAAAUUAUUUAAAUGAAUGUAAACAGUUUUAGCAACAGGAACUAAUUUUUAUUAGUUUAUCCAAUUGAAAAAUCCAACAGCGUACCACCCGUCCUCAUUAAACAAAAAAAAACUCAAGGAUAAAAAACGUCUCGCUUUUCGCCUUGCAGUACAUAAAAAAAUAUGUAAAAAAGGGGAAGAGUAAAAAGGCGAAAGUGAUAUUGCAAUCCUUCUCUGGAUAAAAUAAUGCCCACUGUAAGUUGUUACUUUAAUAAAUUGAAAAAAGAAUUCUUGAAAUAACAAAAAAAAUCAUUUAUCAGACAAACCCAGAACACAUUCAUAAUACCAAGUAAGCAAAAUGAAAGCAGGUGCUGCGAAGCAGAAUGAUCAACAUAAACCAAACCAAACAGUGCUAAAACUAAGCUCCUUUUGUACAUAAUCCUUAAAAUACGCAUGUCGUUAUGCUUGAUUUUCAUUUCUUUAUUCUAAUUUUCUGCUACCUUCUGGGAUAUAAAAUCGAAUUGGAUGGCAACAACGGCGAAAUAAAUACGAAUUCUGAUUUCAUUCGAUUUUCUAUCAUCUACUUACUUAAUGCAUUAUCCUAUUUAGCGAGAAACAUUCCUUUGAAAUGGGUACAGAUAAAUUGAAGGGAAUUUAGAGAAAAAGAAAGUUGAAUAAGGGGAAGCAUUUAUGAAGCAUUAAAAGAAUGCUAGACAACAAACUACAUUUCAACAGACCGAUACACCAAACUUACAAAUUUCCGCGAAAUCGUUACAACUGUCCCUCUGCAACGUUUAAUCGGAAAGUUGAAGAAAGCAUGACAUUUGUCUAAAAGAUGAAUGCAUUUAUUGUAACGUUGAAGAAUAAGUUAUAUUAGUUUCUUUGAAGCUCUUAUUAUUUCCCGUAAUAUACUCAAACUUCAAUCUAAAAUUUGACAGUUAGUUUUCUUUGGCCUUAAGCCCGAGUUAAACAAUUCAAAAUAAUUGAACGAGUCACUUGAAGUUAACGCGCAAACACCACCAUUCAACUAAUUUGAAUUUAAAUACAGUUCAAUAUAUUAACAGAUGUCAAUUGGAUUCAUGUGCAUAAUACAGCGUUCAGAAAGGGCAGUUUUCUUUACCGCCGCUUAGGCGUUAAACCUAUAGUUUAAGCGAAUGGGAAGGUAUCGCAUAAGGACAAGUCUGCCGGAGUCCAAAACUAAUUUAACUCGCGUUUUCAAUGGCACUGCACUAAAUACGGAAGCAACGCACAGCAGGCGUGAAAUAAUAAAAAUGACAAUUGUGCAUUGCUUCCGUAUUGAUCGUGGUGCGUGAUCGUGAAAACGUGAGUGAAAUUAGUUUUGGUUCCCGGGUUGCUUUCCCUUGAGGGCUAAGCGGAGGUGAAGAUAUUAUGAAUGACAUAUUAUUAAGCCCAUACUGAGGACAGCACUAGCGGGAUUUUUUAUGUCGAUAUAUUGGAUAUAAUAUUGUAGUCUGAACCUGAAAGGUACGAUUGAUCGAUUUGCAAAUAAGGCGUUGGCCACCUAUUUCGGUUUUGAGCUUUUUCCUAUUAUUGCGUGUAAAAUUCAAGCUUUAAAAAAACACAAACUCAAAUACACAAAUGCAUAUUUAUUGUUACCUUCGGGACAUUUCAUCAAAUCUUCGCUAUACAUUCGUAACUAUCACAAACAUACAUACAACAUGGUGGUUGAAUACAAUUUAAUAAUUAAAGAAAAACCUGAACAAAAACAUGGAAAGUGUUAACAAAAAACAUGGUUCAUUUAACUAGCAAUGGUAUGAAACAACAUAAGAAAUCCUACCUAAAUAGUGCGUAAACGGUGAACUUAAAACAAAUAACAAAUUUCAAGCAAAAUUUGCAACAUUGCAUCUAGUGAAGAAAAGAAAUAGAACAAAACCUCUAAAGCGGUUCUGUAUUGUUUUUUCUAUUUCAUUUGUCUGAUGAACAACAAGAUAACAAAAGAACAAGAAUACAAAUGAAGAAAACAAACUUAUAAAUUUACUGAAGGACUAUUCAUUUUGUAUCAAAAUAAAUUUAUUAUGAUUGAGAAAAAUA